GUAUCCAGUAAGCACUGACUGAUUGAUCUGUCGUGUUGUGAGCAUGUAUUUGUGUUUGCUUGUUCUCUGCAGAGCGUCUCCGGUGUGGGGUGAAGAUCUGCUGACCAGCUGUGGCUUUUUGCUCUGUAAGGGUCUGAUCUCUAAACUGGACCUGAUCUCCAUCCGUCUGUCGUCCGGCGCUCGUCUCUUCUCCUUCCUGUCUCUGGCCUGGGGCUUCGUGGCUGACGUGGACAUCGAGAGCGAGCAGUUCCGCCAGAUCGGAGCGCUGCGCUUUCUCCUCAGCACGCUGCUGCGUCUGGCCUACUUACGGAUCUAUCAGGGGAAACUAGCGUUCCUGCCUGCCGAAAGCCAGCGAGAAUCGGCCUCUGCUGGCUUUUCUACCGCAGACAGCCGGCUACCCGACCACCUGCUGGUCCCGCUGGAGCAGCCCGUCCCACAGGACUGGACGCUGGUGGAGGAGCAGGAGUUCGUCCUGGUGCUCGCCAUGUUCCAGUCGCACCUGGGCGAGGAUCUGGUGGCGGCUCCGGACGCUCGCGCCGACGAUGGACUCAUUCAUCUGUUCUACGUGACGGCAGGAAUCUCGCGCACCGCGCUGCUGCGGCUCUUCUGGACCAUGCAGAGCGGGACGCACCUGGACUGGGGCUGCACGCAUCUGGUGUACCGUCGCGCGCGAGCGCUGAGGCUGGAGCCGCUGAGCGAGGCCGGCGUGAUGACCGUGGACGGGGAGCGCGUGGAGUACGGGCCCCUUCAGGCGCAGGUGCACAGAGGAGCGGCCCGCCUCAUCUCCGCAUGAACCGCAAACAGCUGUUUAAAAUGGGAGGUCCUUUACCUGAACCGCACAAUCCCGACUGGCUGCUGUUAAACUUGAAUUUAAUGUUCGCUUGUUUGUUUUAUUAAAGAAUUGUAACUGAGUAAAUCUCAUAAAAAACAUGGC